CAGAUGAAUGAGUUUGAAAAUAUAAAAACAAACCCAAAAGACAAUGCUAUUUACCAAAUCCAUUUUUUACUUUGCUUCUCCCAUUUUCUUGACUCAAUCUCUGAACCACCCUCAGUUUAUAUCCACUCCACUCCUCAUCAAUCAAAAUUUCAUCAUUUCUUACAUCUGGGUGGUAAACAUUAAAGAAAGAGAAGAAAAUGUGUGUUAUGGGUUCUCAGUUUUUUCUUUUUUGGUUACCUUUAGGAUUAUUGGGUUCUAUUGUUUCUGGGUUUAAUGCUUGUUAAGCUAUGUGUUAACUGAAUCUCCAUUCCCACCCCUCCUUUUUAGUGAUUUUUUUUAAUUGAUUUCUCGCGUGUUAGGUGGUGACAAUUUUCUGCAACAUGUUUGGGUGGUUUAGAUUUUGUUGAAAAAAUGGAUAAAAAGAAGAAAAGAAAAGAAAAUGUAUUAUGGGUUCUUGUGUUUUUUACUUUUUGGAUUAGUGAAUUUUAUUGUUUCAGGGUUUUUAUGCUGGUUUAGUUAUAUGUUGAACAAUUUUUUUCCUCUUUAAUAAUUAUUUAGUUGAUUCCUUUACAAGCCUGUUUGUUCUUGAGAAUUUUCCAAUGAAAAGAGAAGAAAAUAUGUUUUGGGUUCUUGUUUGUUUUCUUUUGGAUUACUAGAUUUUAUGGUUUCAGCUGGCUGGUAACCAUCUUUCACUACCCUGCUUGAUUCAUGAUAUUAGGCCCAGGAAAAAAAAAGUGAUAUGGGUUCUCUAAUUUCUUUUGUCGAAGAAAAAAUGUGAAAAGUCAACUGAUUUUUUCUUCUUUAGUCAGUUUUUCUACAAUUAUCAGUAUUAUUUACACUGAUGAGAACAUUUCAUGUGUAUUUGUUGUGUUUGAAUUUGAAGAUGGCAUGGACCAGAGUUUUUCUCCUUGGAGCUGUUCUCGCUUUGUCAUCAUUUUGCCUCGCUGCAGGACAGAUUACUGAUCCAUCAGAAGGUCAUUUUUCUCUUUGUGUGUGUAUAUGUAUUGGGUCUGUAGGGUUGUAUGCAGGUGUAAGCUCAUAUUCGGCCUGAAGGAUUCUAUGUGAGUGUGUGUAUAUUGGGCAUAUGAAGCAUGCUGGUUUGCGUUCACUGCAUUGAGAGCAAUCCGUCGUAAGCUCAGUGAUCCUAAGAAGAGACUCAACAAUUGGAAAAGCAAGGACCCAUGUGCAUCAGAUUGGACUGGGGUAAUCUGCAGCAUGAAUCCAAAUGAUGGUUAUCUCCAUGUCCAAGAACUGAGGUUGCUAAAUUUUAGUCUCAAUGGGAAAUUAGCGCCAGAGCUUGGCCUACUAUCUUAUAUGACCAUAUUGGAUUUUAUGUGGAACAAUAUAAGUGGCAGCAUACCGAGGGAGAUAGGUGAUAUUACCUCUUUGAAGCUCCUGCUUUUAAAUGGAAAUCAAAUAUCAGGUUCUUUACCAGAAGAGCUCGGUAAUCUCACUAACCUGAACAGAUUUCAAGUGGAUCUGAACAAUAUAUCAGGACCACUGCCAAAAUCAUUUCAAAACUUGACCAGUUGUCUACAUUUUCAUAUGAACAAUAAUUCAAUCAGUGGUCAAAUUCCAGCUGAGCUAUCUUCAUUGCCUCAACUUAUACACUUCCUGCUCGAUAACAACAAUUUGUCAGGGUAUCUUCCACCAGAGCUUUCUCAAAUGCCGAAACUGAAGAUUCUUCAACUUGACAACAACAACUUUGGUGGGACUGAGAUUCCAGAAUCAUAUGGCAACAUGUCCAAACUGUUGAAACUGAGUCUUAGGAACUGCAACUUGCAAGGAAGUAUUCCCAAUCUAAGCAGGAUACCAAACCUUCAUUACUUAGAUCUUAGCCAUAAUCAACUUACGGGAAGUAUACCAUCAAAUAGGCUUUCCAAUAACAUCACAACCAUUGACCUGUCCAGUAAUAUGCUUAGCGGAUCUAUCCCCUCAAGCUUUUCGGGCCUUCCUCAUCUUGAGAGAUUGUCACUCGAGAACAAUUUGUUGAAUGGUUCCAUUAGCUCUGCCAUUUGGGAGAAUGUGACUUUUGCUGCUAAUUCAACACUUACCUUGGAUUUCCAGAACAAUUCAUUUUCAAACAUUUCUGGCAGUUUUGUUCCUCCUUCAAAUGUCACAAUCAAGCUAAAUGGUAAUCCUCUCUGUACAAAUGCAAAUGCACUAAACAUCGUCCAAUUCUGUGGAACUGCAAAUGGAGAGGAUGAGGCUCCUGGAAGCCCAGACAACUCCAACAUUACCUGCCCGUCUCAAUCCUGUCCUCUCAAUGAUCAUUUCGAAUAUGUCCCUGGAUCUCCUGUUUCUUGCUAUUGUGCCGCACCACUCGGAGUUGGAUUUCGCUUGAGAAGUCCUAGCAUAUCAGAUUUUCCUCCAUACACUGAUCAAUUUAAGGCAUACAUAACCUCCAAUCUUGGUUUGGUUCCUUACCAACUACUCAUUGAUUCAUUCAUAUGGCAAAAGGGUCCGAGGCUAAGGAUGUAUUUGAAGUUCUUUCCCCAGUAUAAUAAUCAAUCUAAUACAUUUAACACAAGUGAGAUACAGCGGAUUAGAGACUUAAUCGCCACAUUUACAAUUCCUGGGGAUGAUAUCUUUGGCCCAUAUGAUCUGCUUAAUUUCACUCUCGUGGGACCUUAUGCAGACGUUGAUCUUGAGUCCAAAAAAUCAGGUAUAAGCAAAGGUGUUAUUGUUGGAAUUGUUUUGGGGGGCCUCUCCUUCACAACUGCCAUAGUUUUGGUCAUUGCAGUUGUGUUCUGGAAAAAGCAGACUCGACAUGGGCAUAAAGAUUCAAAACAACAACCAUUUUCAAAGACUGCAGUGAUAAUAGAAGGUGUGAAAGGAUUUAGUUUUGGAGAAAUGGAAAUUGCUACUGAAAAUUUUAGUGAAGCUACUCAAAUUGGCCAAGGAGGCUAUGGGAAGGUAUAUAAAGGCAUUUUAGCAGAUGGGACAGUUGUAGCAAUAAAGCGUGCACAACAAGGAUCUUUGCAGGGUGAGAAAGAGUUCUUUACUGAGAUUGGAUUGUUGUCACGAUUACAUCAUCGUAAUCUGGUUUCAUUGAUUGGGUAUUGCGAUGAAGAACAGGAACAGUUGCUUGUAUAUGAAUUCAUGCCGCAUGGUUCACUGCACAGUCUCCUUUCUGCUAGGUCCAGAGGAACUCUUACUUUUGUGACAAGAUUGCAUAUUGCAUUAUGUUCAGCCAAGGGUGUUCUCUACCUCCAUACUGAAGCUUACCCUCCCAUAAUUCAUCGUGAUAUCAAGGCGAACAAUAUACUUUUGGACUCUAAAUUCAAUGCAAAAGUGUCUGAUUUUGGAAUCUCAUGUCUUGUACCAGUAUCAGAUGGUGAAGAAGUUGCCACUGCUCAUGUAUCCACUGUUGUGAGAGGCACACCAGGCUACCUUGAUCCAGAGUAUUUCUUUACUCACAAGUUAACAGAAAAGAGCGAUGUUUAUAGCCUGGGAAUUGUAUUUCUAGAAUUGUUGACCGGGAUGCAGCCUAUAUCUCAUGGUAGAAACAUUGUCCAAGAGGUAACUGCAGCAUGUCAAUCUGGAGCAAUGUUCUCAAUCAUAGACCAGAACAUGGGUCCAUUUCCUUCUGACUCUGUCAAGAAGUUCAUGACACUGGCCCUCAGAUGCAGUCAGCAUUUGACGAAGGAUCGGCCUUCAAUGCUGGAGGUGGUCAGAGAGUUGGAGAACAUAUCCUCAAUGCUACCGCAAGCUGGACAUUGUCGAUCAGAGUCGGACUCCUUUGCUUCUGGAAAAUCAGUAAUGGACACUACAGCAGUCUAUCCUGGAAGAAACUCCUACGUUUCUGGUUGCCCCGGGAGCGAUCUCGUCAGUGGGGUCAUCCCUACCAUCCGGCCUCGCUGAUCUACCAUUAAAUUUUCUGCUUCUGAACCUUUCUUUGAUUAGUUUGUUCAUGUUUGCUUAAAGAAAUUUAAGACUGAUCAUACAUACAGCCUGCAAUAUCUUUGUGCAGUCUAUGAGGAACUACUUGUAUAUAAUGAAUGAAUCCCAGUUCACAUGAUUAAUUAGAAGAGUUUGUGUUGAAUCCUA